GGUACCCCCGGGACUACGCCUGUCACCCGUGUCCCCAUCCCACGUCCCGCUGCUCAACGCCACCUGGGGUUUCGGGGGCAACGCCCGCAGCCACCGGUUCCUGUUGGGACUGGUGCGGGCUCUGCCCAGCGCCUGCCUGCUGGGACCCCGCUCCCGCCCCGUCUCCUGGUCCCUGCUGGACCCCCUGGGCUGCCUGAGCCACGGCUACACGUUGCCCGCCUGGCGUGGCCAAGGGCUGAGCGGGGUGACGCUGGGGCGCCACGCCCGCAGCUCCCCCAUUUAUUUGGGGGUGCUGCCCCAAAACACCCCUUCGCAACGGGCCGUCCGCGCCGUGGGCUUUCUGCCCCAACCCGGCACCUUCUACACCCUGGUGGUCACCCCUCGA